AUGUCUGAUGUCACUGUUGACUGGAUCGAUAAACACCAGCUGGAGCGUUUAGAUGAGAUGAUGAUUGUUGUUGAUGAAAACGAUAAGGUCAUUGGUGCAGACACUAAGAGGAACUGCCAUCAGAAUAAAAACAUUGAGAAAGGGCUGCUGCACCGAGCCUUCAGUGUUGCUUUGUUCAACUCAGAGAAGAAAGUUCUGAUUCAGCGCCGAGCAGACACGAAGCUUACCUUCCCUGGGUACUAUACCGAUUCCUGUUGUAGUCAUCCACUGAGUAAUCCUGAAGAAAUGGAGGAGAAAGACGCCUUGGGAGUGAAGAAGGCAGCCCUGAGACGGCUGCAGGCUGAGCUGGGCAUCCCCCAGGACCAGGUUUCUCUAGAGGACAUCGUGUUUAUGAAAAGGUAUCAUUAUAAGGCAAAAUCUGAUGCAGUCUGGGGAGAACACGAAGUUUGUUACCUUCUGCUUAUCAAGAAAGACGUCAAGAUCUGUCCAGAUCCGAGUGAAGUCAGUAGCUUCAGCUACCUGACUCGAGAAGAACUGGAAGAGCUUCUAGAAAGGGGGGCCCGGGGUGAAGUCCAAGUGACCCCCUGGCUGAGAUUCGUCGUGGAGCAGUUCCUGUAUGCAUGGUGGCCUUACUUAGAUGAAGCGACCCGGUUCAUAGAGCUUGACAAGAUAUACAGAGUAUGAGGAACCGGAAAUAAGACACUGGCUGUGAGGAUGCCCCAGUUCAGCACUGAGCUCAGGGCAGACCCACAGCUCAGAUGUUAGCUAUGCACCCGGACCAAAACAGGGAAAGGACUCUUCUUUUCCAGAAAGCCAAAAAUCAUUAUCAUUAACUCUGAAUCUUCUUUUCUUUUCUUUCUUGACACAGAGCUAUGUAUCCCAGACCAGCCUCAAACUUCUCGUGUAGCCAAGGAUGACUUUGAAUUUCUGAUCCUCCUGCCUCCACCUCCCCUGGUCCUUGGAUUCCAGGCACACACCAGUAUGCCUGCUCAGUGCUGGAGGCUGAACCUGCAGCUUCACGUACAGCGCGCAAACAUGCUACCAACAACCAAUCCCAUCCCGUGGUUUCUUGCCUUUUUUCCCCUAGUUGCUUCAUUUCUUUAUUUUCAACUGCCUCGGUGUGGGAAAGAAAUGUAUUGUUUUCCCCAAAUUAGAAACAGAGGAACUAAAGAAGAAAAGAUCCCCUAAAGAUAGAGUCGAUGUCAACGCUGUAAGAACUGAAGUUACACAACCACCUGAGGCAGCCCUUGAAUGGCGGGCAUGCCAGUCCUCUCAAAGGCCUGAGGCUUUGUGUGGAGGAAACCGUAAGAACAUUAAAUCCAGAAUAAUCUGUUAAGCACCCAAAUUUGGCAAGACUAGAGUACCUAGCUAAUACUUAACUUGUAUCCUGCUCUGACUUGCAGCCACUGGAUAGAUAACCUGUCCGCUGGGAGCCUCUGGCUUCACUGCUAUGCUAACUAUUUGUAUAGAACACAGUCACGCAGUCAAGCUCAAAUCAGUUGGGUAAAUGAGUGAACAGUCAUUUAAAUAAAUAUAAUUUUUUAAAGUAGUUGAUUUGACAAAGUGUUUUUGAUGUCCUCAAAAGAACACUUUGAACUCAAGUCUCUAGCCAGCUGUUUCGAUUUUCUUAUGGAGGAGAGAACACCAUUUAUGAAAAAAAUAAUACGGAUUUUACUGUUUGGAGUGAUGCCCUUUAAGCCCUCCAUUGUUGAUGCUAUUAUUAUGGUUAGAAUUAAGUAUGACUGGGUUCAUGGAGAAUCCCCAGCGAGCUGCAGAGGACUAAUACAAAUCUGUGGUCAGGAUGAAUGAUACGAUAAAGCUCUCCUGCUGACUAAUAAUAUGACAAACCUGUGACCUUUCUGACAUCCUGUCAACAUCAGCCGACUCCCUGACCACACGAAUACUGUGUCCUUGGCCUACAUAAACGUUUCACACUUCCCCCCGCUCCCUCUGUUACUCAUGUUAUGGUAUAAAUUCAGCUUUGGGAAAAAUAUAAUUGUCGCCUUGAUCAGACUCUUGUCUUGGCAUCUUUCUUUGAGUCUCUUGUCCCCCAUUCUCUUCCAGGUACCCCCAACAACCUUUGCUUACAUUUUACAUCUUGCUAAAUUAAACCCUGUAUCUGUAAAGCAAUUUCAUUUCAUUUUGUCUAACCUCUGUUUGUUUGUUUGUUUGUUUGUUUGUGAUAGCAUCACACUAUGUAACCCAGGUUAGCCUAGAACUCAAAAUUCUUCUUCCUCAACCUCCCAACUUUUCUACCUACCAUGCUUGGUAACUGUGGCUCAUAUUUUGACGUCUGCCCCUCAACACACACAGGCCAUUGUGUGUUCACCCUGUCUAUUAAUGUAUAUUAAAUUCCCCUUAUAUGAUUGUCAUCAAGCACUGAAACUGCUUAACUGGCUUGGCUCAUGAUCUCAGAGGGUCAGAGUCCAAUAUGGUGAGGAAGCAAAGCAGUGAAAACAUGAAGCAUAAGCUUGUGCAUGUGACACAAAUGAAACAGAAGAAACUGGUCAGAGCCAGAGGCUAAGGCUCAGACCAAUACUGAGGCCACACUUUCGUAUGUCAGCAUGAGGAUGGUCAGAAGGAUGGACAGCUGAGAGAGGUUGAACAUGUGGUUGUUGUUGGGAAACAUGGCAUUCAACUAGUACUUUAUAAUGUUUGCCUUGGGACGUCUUUGUCAUAAAGAAAGAUGUCCCUCUUCACCCUAGAGCCACAAGUGUAGGUUGUGAGGAGUGUAUGCACAGGAUCCCAAGCUUGUUUGACCUCAGAAACCUCCAGUACCAAGAAUGCCCAACCUAUCUUCAAAUCACUUCAUUAAAGACCACAUUUUGUACAAGUCUGUGUGAGCCACAUUUCUGAACACAAACACAAGUUGGCAGACUCCAGUGAUCGCUCUCCCAUCCUCCGUUCUUCUUUUGCAUAUCCGCAGUAGGGGACAAAUUAUCUUUUGCUGUUUGGCUUUAAAUGCCCUUCUCUGCUAGCCAAUAUGAUUUUCUCCUAA